CGUUGUGAACCCAUAAUCUUGCACCUGCUGGCUGCUGUGGUUAUAAAAGUGGGUGUUGGCUGCUGACAAAGUUUCUGUUCCCUGUAAAGAGAAGUUGAGAGAAAGCGAAAGUGAAAGAGACGAACAUGUAGAGCACACAUAUAACGCAGAUGAUCAUCGUGGCAGUGUUGUGUUACGUCGGCAGACUAUUUUUUCUUAUCUUCGCAUAUAUAAUGGCCUGGUUCAUCAACCGACUGUAUCCAGUUGUAGACUGGUUGCGACGCACACUGACAUUCUUUUGGCGCUGUAUGAGAAGAAUGGUUACUUCCACAGUCGGAUUUCCAUUUUUACGUAUGCGCGGGGGAAAGGACCCAGGUGAGUCUGAAGUAAACGACGAAGAGAAUAUUUCAGAGAAAAGUCGCCAACAGGAUUUGGAAACCCCUCCCAGUGAGUGUCAACAUGAGGCCGCAGCCGGUAAGAGGAGCGCAGACUUCAGCCGAGAGCACACCAACAAGCGACAGAAGACACAAGAAGACAUCGAGACUGACGAUGAGUCUGACAGCGAGUAUGUUAAAACCACAGAUGAGUUUUACUGUGGCUAUGAUUCAACCUGGGAGACUAAGGAGGAACAGCAGAGCCCACCCAUGAGGCCCAGGCGAUAUGCGACAUCCACUAAUUACAAGUUUAGCAGAUUUGAAAGUGCCGCAAGAGACAUGCAGAACUACAGGCACGACUACCCUUCCCAGAGAAGGCCGCAGCACAGGAUGAAGCCAGCAUCUGAUGACAAGCCUAAUUUGAGCUUCUACCUGGGAAAGACGCCCUCUCGUCCUGACGGUGUCUACAUACACAAUUUCCAUGAGGAAUGGCGUGGAGAGUAUGACACACUGGAGUUUGUACACUCCUAUAUUCAAUGGUUGUUCCCGCUGCAGGAACCAGGGAUGAACUAUGAGGCCAGCACACUGACUAAAGAAGAGAUAGAGGUGUUCACGCAAGACACCACCGCAAAGGCAAAUCUGUUGAAGUCAUACGAGCUCAUGCUAGACUUCUAUGGUAUCAAGUUGUGUAAUAAACAAACUGGAGAAGUGCAGAGAGCACCAAACUGGAAAGAACGAUUCCAAAACCUCAACAGUCACACUCACAACAACCUGCGCAUCACCCGCAUCCUCAAGUGCCUAGGAACCCUGGGGUUCCCUGAGUACCAGGCCCCCCUGGUCCGCUUCUUCCUGCAGGAGACGCUCGUCAACAGAGAACUCCCAAACGUCAAAGACAGUGUUCUCAGCUACUUUUUGUUUGCUGUCCUCGAUAAGACACAACGCAGAAGUCUCCUCAAGUUUGCCUACCAGAAUUAUGACCGUAAAGAUGAGUUUGUAUGGUGUCCGAAGAAAAUUCAGAUGAAAUGGUCAAAGCUAUCUGUGUCCAAGACACAGGAGGGAGUCAAUGACAAAGAAGAUACUUGUGAGCUUGACCUGAAUCCCUCUCUGGAGUAUUUGAGUCUGGGCAAAGAAGAUGAUACCAAAGAUAAGGAAAAUUAAGCUGCCAAAAUAUAAUUACCACUGUGCCUCAAACCCAUUAUACAUGCUAAUUUAUACUAUACUAUACUGUCCAGGAUGUACUUCAUACUAUUCAUCAAAUAUUCAGGAACAGUGGAACUGCAACUUUGGAACACCAAUUAAACUUCACAAAUGGAUAAAAAUGUUUUACUUACAUUCUAAUACCCUUUUCCCAGGUUUUACUGUUUCUGCACCACCCACAAUGUGUUUCAAUAUUUUCCAGCUCUAUUUCCUUUGUGCAUUUAUGAGUGUGCCACAACAGCACACUCAAAAAUCACUUGUAUUUAAUAUCAGGGUUUGUACGGGUGCUUGAAAUCCUUGAAAAUGCUUACAUUUAAAUGUUGUAUUUUCAGGGUUUAAAAAGUGCUUGGAAUUUGGAUAAAGAGCUUGUAAAUGCUUGAAAUUCUUACUGUAUGUAUCUUGCAAUCUGACUAUAUACAUCUAUAGAUAAUCACAUAUUCAAUGUAAAAAAUAAUGAGUAGCCUAUCUGAAAUGAAGACCGUUCCUCCUAAAAGUGUAAUACCAUCGCUGUUGGUAUGGUUAAGUGAAAUCUCCCCCUUUUAGUAUGUAAUUACUCAUCUAAAUCAUGCAAUUAACAACCAGUGUGAGAUACUGGAAAAGCUUGAAAAUGGACCUUGAAAGUCCUUGAAAAAUUCUUGAAUUUACCACUGAAAAAGUGUACAAACCCUGUUAUAUGCACGCUGUCGGCUUUCAGUAUACUUUUAUUUUGAUAUUUUUCUAGUGUGAACAGACUUCAUACUAAAACUAACAGUAGGAAGAAGUGUGGAUUUGGGACACAAGCUGUGUGCAGAUAAGAUAUCUAGCCCUAAAUAGAUAAUCACAGUGGUUCAAAGCAGCAGAGAGUAGACAGGGGCAGUAAUGAGGAAUUAUUAUCCACUGAUGUAGACGCAGAUGGGCUUCAAAUACUGAAUUAUCUUUCUCAGUGGUUCAUAUAAUGAAUUGUGCCUUACAGUAUAGGAAUGUAUGUGUUAUGUUUACUUUAAUAUAACUAGUCACAUUUCUGGACUCACAUUCUGAUUUUGUGUUUAAUAGUUUUUUGACUCAUCUGAAAUGGGUAUAUAUUUUGUAAUCUUCAAAAGUGAAAUUGUGAUAAAAGGGCUUAUACUAUGCAAUGUAAAAGCAUGACAAAUGAAGAAUAAAGAAUUGCUCAUCGGUUUUACUGUGGUUAAUAAACCUCAAAUGGUUGUCCAAUUCUCAUUGUCUAAAAUAAAACCUUGUUUAAUAAAUAGAUUCACAGAUUC